AAAAGAGAAGCCAUAUUUUGUUUUGCUGGCGCAUGAGUAAAUUAUUGGCCCGCCAAAUUAAAUAAAUUGUGUUAACGGCCACAAAUAUAUUAUUUAAUUUAUACUACAUAUAAUGAACCACAAAGGAGACCGUUUGAGUCGUGGCCUCUCACCUAUCUACGAAGAGAGUGACCUGGGAUCUGAUGAUAUAAGCCCCCGGGGAAAUGAUUUCCUUCCAGAAGCUUCUGGUGACAGUCCCAGACCCAAGCUACAAGAGGAGAGCGUACUUCCUGAAUCUCCAACACCUUCUACUUCCAAAGGAGGAAAAGGCAAGAAAGGCAGAGUAAACAAGAAAAAAAUAGGAAGAGGAUCAGCUCCAGUAAAAGUUCAGGAAAGAACUUUGAGCAGCAGUCCUAAGCCAGGAUGUUCCAGGACGUCUUCUCCCAAACCAGGCCCAUCAACUCCUAAAGCAAGUCCGUCAAAACAGCACCGCGGCCGUUCACCAAAGUAAAUUACUUUAGAUUUCUCUUUACUUAUAGUUAAUGUAUUAGUUAUUGUUAGUGUUGAAUUUUAUUAAUUACCGUUUAAUCAAAUGAAAUAGUAUUUCAAUUAGAGUUUUACUAUUUUUACUAUUAAGUUCUUCCUGAGAUUCUUGGAUAAGAUAUUUCUUGUAUAAUGUAAAAACUGCAUGAAAUUUAAAUUGUUUUAAACAGAUGACAAUAAUUAUAGUAGAAAAUGUUUAUAUUUAUAUAUUGAAGUCUUAACGUUAUAAAGAUAGCAAAGAGCUCACGAUCAGCUAUCACCGUCGCUGUUAAAAUUUCAACGUCUGUCUAGACAUAGUAGAGCUCGAAUUGAAAUGAUAUUUCUGUCUUCGACGUUUCAUUAGUUUUAAUACCAGAUAUUUUCAAUCAAUUAAAGGAGGGUAUCCUGAAGAGAUUAAAUAUGAGAAUCCAUCAAGAGUAUUAUCAUUCUGUUUUACUAGUUAUAACGAUUUUGAGACAAACUGAGUUAUGUUUACCACAUAAUGUUAUGCUUAUCUCCUAUUAGAAUUUUAGCCCCUGCUUGUACUUAAUAUUUUUUUAUCAUUUGUCCAUUUGUAACUUACAACACUUG